ACUUCAUUUGGCGCGAAGAGAGAGAAUGAAGGUUUGAAUUUCCGUCUCGAUUAUUUAUCUCCAUUGGCGUGACAUCAGCUGGUCUUCAAGAUGUAUGUCAAGUCGAUGGUAAUUGAUGGCUUCAAGAGCUACGGCCAGCGCACUGAAAUCAAUGGCUUUGACCCACUCUUCAAUGCCAUCACUGGGCUAAAUGGCUCGGGCAAGUCCAACAUCCUGGACGCCAUUUGCUUUCUCCUUGGUAUCACCAACCUCAGCCAGGUGAGAGCAACUAAUCUGCAGGAGCUGGUGUACAAGAAUGGACAGGCUGGAGUCACCAAGGCUACUGUCACAAUCACAUUUGACAAUACUGACAAAAAGCAGAGCCCCAUUGGCUAUGACCACUACAAUGAAGUGACCAUUACAAGACAGGUUGUGAUUGGUGGCCGGAACAAGUACAUGAUCAACGGCACAACAGUGCAGAACAGCCGAGUGCAGGAUUUCUUCCGUUCGGUCCAAUUAAAUGUAAACAACCCCCAUUUCCUGAUUAUGCAAGGUCGCAUCACGAAGGUCCUCAACAUGAAGCCUCCAGAGAUCCUUGCCAUGAUUGAGGAGGCUGCAGGCACAAGGAUGUACGAGUCCAAGAAACAGCAGGCGCAAAAGACGAUAGAAAAGAAAGAUGCAAAGUUGAAGGAGAUUAACGAUAUUUUGGAGGAGGAAAUCACACCCACCUUGAGCAAGUUGAAGGAAGAACGUACAAUGUACCUGGAGUUCCAGAAGGUCCAGCGAGAGUUGGAGCAUCUAUCAAAACUCUACAUUGCUUUCAAGUUUGUCACUGCUCUGGAAACUAGUGAGAAAGCGCGUGAGGAGCACGAAGGAGUGAAGCAACAGAUGCAGGACAUCCAGCAACGCAUUAGUGAUGGUGCGCGGGAGGUGAAGGAACUCGACAACCAGAUCAUCCAGCUGCAGCAACUUCGGGAUAAUGAGACAGGAGGUCGGCUGCAGGAGCUGGAGAAGGUCCUGAAGGAGAAGGAAAAGGCUGAGGUCAAGCUGUCAGCUGCAUUGAAGAACCUCAAAGAAAACAUCAAGGCAGAAGAGAAGAAGAAGAAACAGCUGGAGAAGUCUUUGGCCGAUGACAUCAAAGCUCUUGAGGGAAAAAAGAAAGAAAGCGAGAAGCUCCAGGGCACAUUCGACACUAUGCGAGCCCAGGACCAAGCUGAUGAGGAUGCCUUGGCUGCAGCAGAGAAGAGGCUCCAGGCCAUCAGCUCUGGCAUGUACUCGGCCGGAGAUGGAGAAGAUGCCACCUUACAGGAACAGCUGAUCAAAACCAAGGCCAGCAUCACUGCAGCCAAAACUGAGACCAAGCAAGCAGAGAUGAAGCUGAAACAUAGCAAAGAAGAGCUGAAGAAGAAGCAGCAGGAGAUGAAGCGCACAGCUUCUGAUUAUGCAAAGGACAAGUCGCUUCUGGAGAGAAUGGAGAAGGAAGUCAAGAACCUGGAGACUCAGCUUCAGAAGCUGGAUUACGAUGAUGGCAAAGUGGAGGAACUAGAAGGACAGAGGAGGGUAUUGAACAACGAAGUAAUGAACCUUCGCGAAAAAGUGGAAGGCUUGGAAUCAAGAUACCCACAACUGUGUUUCAACUACCGUGACCCUGAAAAGAACUUUGACAGGUCUUCUGUGAAGGGAUUGGUGUGUAAACUUGUCAAACUGAGGGACUCAAAUACUGCUACAGCUUUAGAGGUCACAGCAGGUGGAAAGCUCUACAAUGUAAUUGUGGACUCAGAGGUGACUGGCAAAAAGCUACUGCAGAAGGGGCAGUUGCAGACACGUGUGACAAUUAUUCCUCUGAACAAAAUAUCUGGAAGGUCUAUUGAUGCCAACACUGUGAGACAUGCGGAAAACAUUGUGGGCAAAGAGAAUGUGCAGACUGCUCUCUCGUUGGUAUGCUAUGACAGCGAAUUGCACAAAGCCAUGGAGUGGGUUUUCGGCACUUCUUUCAUCUGCCGUGAUAUGGAUGUAGCCAAGAGAGUGACCUUUGAUAAGAAUAUCAUGAAGAAGUCUGUAACGCUGGAAGGGGAUGUGUUUGAUCCAGCUGGUACUCUGACUGGAGGUGCAAGAAGGCAAGGUGGCAGUGUAUUGGCCCAGCUUGAUGCCAUUAGAGAAUACCAAGAUGCUCUUAAUGAGAAGAUCCAGCAGCUGCAGCAGGUGGAACAACAGCUGCAGCAUCUGCAGCGCAAUGCAGAUAAAUAUCAGUCUGUGAAGCAGCAGUAUAUGCUCCGCUCUCAUGAACUUGAGUUGUGUCAGCAGAGAAUCCAACAGAGUUCUCAUUACCAGCAGCAGGAGGAGGUCAAUGCGCUUGAGGAAGUGAUGAAGGAGUGCAUGGCAACAUUAGAAAGGUGCAGGCAGGUGGACAUUGAGAGUGAAGGGAAAGUGAAAGAGAUUGAGGACAAGAUCAAGAAUGCAAAGGCCCUGAAAGAAAAGGAACUAAAAUCAGCACACGUGGAACUUGAGAAGUGCAAGAAAAAAGCAGAACAGACAAGGAGCAAGUGGAACCUUAAGAAGCAGGAAGAAGAGAGCUUGAAGUUGGAAGUUAGUGAGUUGGAAGUGGGCAUUGACAACACCAAGAGCCAGAUUGCCACAUCUGUUGAAGUGCUGGAACAGUAUAAAGUCCAGAGCAAUUCUCUGGAAGAGGAGGUCACUGAGGGCAAGAAUGAAGUGAGCAAAGCCCAGGCAGCAGUGAAGGAACAGAAGGAGACACUGAGUGCACAGAAUAAGGAGAUCAAUAGCAUGGCAGCACGCAAGGAGCAGAUAAUCAAGUCCAGUGAUGAGGCACAGCUGGAGGUCAAGCAGCUGGAACAUAAGUUAUCAAAGCUCAAGUCUGAAGCCAAGGAUUCUGAGAAUAAGGUUGCACACAUGUUGUCUGAGCAUGAAUGGAUUGCCGAGGACCGCAAGUUCUUUGGCCAGCCUAACACUGGAUACGACUUCACAGCGAACGACCCGGUUGAGGCUGGGAGGAAGAUUGCCAAGCUGGAGGAGACAAAGGCCAAGCUCUCUAAGAAUGUCAACAUGAGAGCUAUGAACAUGUUAGGCAAAGCUGAGGAACAGUACAAUGAUUUGAUGAGGAAGAAGAGGAUUGUAGAAAAUGACAAGGCCAAGAUUGAGAAGGUCAUUAAGGAAUUAGACGAAAAGAAGAAAGAGGCUUUGAGACAGGCUUGGGAACAGGUGAAUCGUGACUUUGGCUCGAUAUUCUCCAUGCUGCUCCCUGGUACGCAAGCAAAACUCCAGCCACCAGACGGCAUGGAUGUGUUAGAUGGUUUAGAGGUAAAAGUGGCCUUUGGAGACGUGUGGAAAGAGAGCUUGGCGGAGCUCAGUGGAGGCCAGCGAUCUCUGGUUGCUCUCUCGCUCAUCCUGGCUUUGCUGCUCUUCAAGCCAGCUCCCAUCUAUAUUUUGGAUGAGGUUGAUGCUGCUCUUGAUCUCUCUCACACCCAGAACAUCGGUAACAUGCUGCGCACUCACUUCAAACACUCACAGUUCAUUGUGGUGUCGUUGAAGGAUGGUAUGUUUAAUAAUGCAAAUGUUCUCUUCAAGACCAAGUUUGUCGAUGGCAUGUCCACCGUCUCACGACAUACACAGCAUGUUCCAAGUGGCUCCAGUAAAAGAAAAUGAGUGUAUGGAGAAAAUUGUCGUAUUUUUAUCACAGUCCGUUUGUUUCCUUGUCUACUCUUUUUUUUAUCAGAAACAGAGAAGUUUGAUAUAAGUAUUUAAUACUUCACAAUAAUUUCUCCGUAAUGUACAAACAUAUUGAUAGGCAUUAUAGUUUUUUUUUAACAUGAAUCAUAAUUUUGCAAUCUUAAAGGUAUAUACUAUGCAGUUUCUGGAGCUCUGUUUCUUUUUCUUUUAUUUUGCCUGAAGAAACUGUAUAUUCUUAGAAUAUAUGACUUAAUAUUUAAUGGUCCAUAGGUACUAGGUUCAUAGUGCAAAGGCUGUAAGUUAAUUGCAUGAGAGACUGAGUGACUGUAUCUUGUGAUGUGUCAAGGCCUUUGUGGUACAAACAUAUCAAAAUGUGUGGCUUAGAAUUGAUAACAUUCUUCCAAAAGAUUGCUUGUCUUUCCUCUGAUAGGAUAACUGUAAUGUGCUUCAUAUUUGAAGACGCUAGGAUUUAA